AUGGGUGGUGAAAUAUGCAAGUUUGAGAAGGAAUUGAAGUCCAUGAUGCAGCAGAAGACGAAUGCUGCAGAGCCAUCAGCUGCUGGUGGUGGUGGUGGUGGCAAUGGGGCCAAAACCAGGUGGAGCAAUAUUGCUGCUGCUGGGGGUGUGAGCCAGGAAAAUAGGAUGACCCUUGAUGAUGAGAGAAGAAGAAGAAGAAGAAGAGACAAGGCUGAAAAUUUGAUUCAGCUAAUCUGCUGGGGACCCAAUUGA